AUGAUUACUCGAAAAGUAUAUCAACCCGAACACCGCUCGACCGGAGAACAAACGCGUGAAAUUCCUCCGCGUACGGUUGACUUGUCUCAGUGCCCUCGUCAGUCAGAAAAUUUGCAAUUAAAUCAAGUGAUGCCUCCCUCAAGAUCAGUUAGUGCUCCCUCACAGCAACAGCUAGCAGCAAGACAGUCCCUGGCAAAGGAACUUCCUCGAUUCUCCGGUGAUCCCGCCGACUGGCCGAUUUUUAUUUCCAACUAUCGUUAUACAACGGAAGCCUGUGGUUUUUCGGAUGGUGAAAACAUGCUUCGUCUGCAACGGUGCUUGACCGGACCAGCGCUUGAAACGGUGCGCAGCCGGUUGGUGUUGCCAGCAGCGGUUCCCCAGGUGAUCGAGACACUCCGGAUGCGGUUUGGACGUCCAGAAUUGCUCAUCAACGCAUUGUUGCGUAAGGUGCGAGAAAUCCCAGCACCAAGGUCAGACAGAUUGGAAGGGUUGAUCGACUUCGGGAUGGCCGUGCAGGCUUUAUGCGACCACAUCGAAGCGGCGAAUGAACGCGCUCAUCUUUCAAAUCCAUCGCUUCUGCAGGAGCUUGUAGCAAAGCUUCCCGCUGAUCAACGAAUGAUGUGGGCGGGAUAUAAACGAGGAUUCCAACACGUAGACUUGAAAACUUUCGGUGAUUAUAUGGCGUCAGUGGUACAAGACGCGACCAGUGUGGUUAGCUUCGAGCCCGAGGUUAAGAAGAACAGCGCUCGCGACCGCCUGAAGAACAAAGGAUUUGUGAACACCCAUGCAACAGACAAACCAACCAAUUUCAGCGAUUCUCCGAAGGAACCAAAAGAGUCAGCUAAACGUUCCGACUGCUUGCACUGCAACCAAGAUGGACACCGGGUGCGCGAAUGUGGCGCGUUCAAGCAGCUGACUGUCGACGAUCGUUGGAGAAGAGUCCGUGCAUUGCAGCUGUGCCAGAACUGCCUGUUCAACCAUGGCCGACGUGCGUGUCGGGGACGGAAGACCUGCGACAUCGAAGGCUGUCAGUUUCGCCAUCAUCCGCUCCUACAUUCGCCUAGCGGACCUUCGAAGUUGAUAGCACCGAAGGUUCAGGUGGCCGAAAAUCAUACACACCACCACUCGAAUGCUUCUACACUGUUCCGUAUCAUUCCUGUAACGGUGUAUGGGAAAGAUGGGUCACUCAACACGUUCGCAUUCUUGGACGAGGGUUCUGACCUAACGUUGGUGGAGAAUGACCUGGCUACGGCGUUAGGAGUAAAUGGCACUCCACAUCCACUUUGUCUCCGAUGGACUAGCGACACUUCUCGAAUAGAAAAUGAUUCUAGACAAAUUACCAUCGAGAUCGCUGGAAUCGGGCAAACCAAACUACACAAGCUUGUGAACGUAAGGACCGUCAGUAACCUUGGUCUUCCUCGUCAGAGUUUCCAGAUGAAAGAAGCAGUGCGGUUGUACCCACAUCUGAAGGGCAUUCCAGUUAGCAGCUAUCAGAACGUGAAACCAAAGAUUCUAAUCGGUAUCGACAACCUGAGGCUGGCUCUUCCUCUGAAGAUACGAGAAGGUGAUGGUGCGGCCCCAGUAGCAGUUAAAACCAGACUAGGCUGGUGCGUCUACGGGCCGCGGGGAAACAGCAAGCGCGAAUCAUACAGUUUCCACGUUUGCAAAUGUUCCUGCGAUGAGGAUCUUCAGGCAACUGUAAAAGAAUUUUUCGAGAUUGAAAGUGCAGGAGUUAUUCCGCCUGAGACGUCACUUUCAAAGGAAGAUCAGCGGGCAUUAACCAUCAUUGAAACAACGACAAAACGACGUGGUAACCGCUUCGAAAAGGGAUUGGUCUGGAAAGAAGAUCAUGUGGAAUUUCCAGAUAGCUACCCGAUGGCUCUUCGACGUUUGGAGUGCCUCGAGCGUCGGAUGGAUCGCAAUCCGAAGUUGAAGGAGAACCUUCACCGGCAAAUGCGCGAAUAUGAAGCAAAGGGAUAUGCGCACAAGGCCAUGCCUGAGGAACUUGAAGCCGCCAAUCCAAGGAGGAUAUGGUAUCUCCCGGUAGGAGCGGUGGUUAACCCCAAGAAACCGGGGAAAAUUCGUAUGGUCUGGGACGCGGCUGCGAAAGUAAACGGUGUGUCUCUGAACGGCGCGCUACUCAAAGGUCCGGAUCAACUCUCCUCGUUACCUGGAAUUCUCUUCCGUUUCCGUUUGUAUUGCAUAGCGGUCAGCUCAGACGUUAAGGAAAUGUUUCACCAGCUUAGAAUCCGCGAUGAAGAUAAAAUCUCUCAACUAUUUUUAUGGCGUAACAAUCCAUCGGAGAAGCCCACUGUAUACAUGAUGGACGUCGCGACAUUUGGAAGCACCUGCUCGCCUGCUUCGGCGCAGUUUAUUAAAAACCGUAACGCAGAGCAAUAUGCGGAAUUACAUCCGGAAGCAGCGAAGGCGAUAGUUCACGACCACUAUGUGGAUGAUUAUCUGGCGAGUUUCAGCUCAGUGGAGGAGGCAGCGAAAGUAGCAAGCGACGUGCGAUACAUUCACGGUAAAGCAGGCUUCAACCUACACAACUGGAGAUCGAACAGCAGCAUACUUCUACAGAAAUUAGGGGAAAUCCAGCAAGAAGCAGUCAAGCAGCUGAAUUUGGUGGAAGGAGGAAAUACGGAAAGGGUCCUUGUACGAGAUUAA